AUCUUAGCUGCGCGAGGAUUGGAGGGAACGAGAACACGAUGCGAGCGGGGGUUUAUCUCACGAGGCCUUCUCCUUCGCCCUCCUCCUCCUCCUCCUCAUCCUCCUUUCCCAUAAACCCUAAUCCUCCUCCUCGUCCUCGCCAUGUUUCUUCAUCUUCAUUGAACCCCUUGCUCUCGUACCCUUCCUCGAAGCGUACUCCUCCGCCCCUCGCCGGAGCACUCCGGCGCCGUGGCGCUCGUCCCCUCCUCGGCGGCGCUCCGCUCCGGCGAUUCUGCGGCCUUCGGCGAUCGGAAUCGGCCUCGAUCGACUCCCCCUUCGAGAACGAGGUCAAAGAACAAUUAGAUGCACUUGAGAUCACCGUGAAGGAUGGCCAGAAACAUGGUCGGUGCGUGAGAGUACCAGCUCAUAAUAUCUGCCAAGCUCAUCCGAAUUCUUUGGUUGUUAGAAGUAAUCACCCUCAAAAUGCUGAUCUACCACCCUACUACUCAAAGAGGGAAAAGAAACCAUUUCCGAUUCCAAUUGUGGAGUUAAGGCGCGCAGCACGAGAGAGGCUGAAGAAGGCCAAGGGAAAACCAAGAAGACCAACUCUGCCUCCAAGAAAUGGGAUGCUCGUUAGAAGCUUGAUACCAGUUGCAUAUGAAGUGAUGAAUGCAAGGAUCUCACUCAGCAACAACCUGAGGAGACUUAUGAAAGUAGUGCCAGUGCAAGCAUGCAAGCACUGCAACGAAAUACACGUUGGAUCUACCGGUCACCCUUUCAAAACAUGCCGAGGCAUGCAGUCCGACCACCGCAAGGGCCAGCAUGAGUGGACUCGUGCCUCAUUGGAAGAUGUGUUUGUGCCAAUUGAAGCCUACCAUCUCUUUGAUCGCCUAGGAAAGCGCAUCUCUCACGAGGAGCGAUUCUCGAUCCCCCGCAUCCCAGCAAUUGUGGAACUCUGCAUCCAGGCUGGGGUGGACCUCCCCGACCUUCCCACCAAGCGCCGCAGGAAGCCCGUUAUCAGAGUGGGGAAAAGUGAAAUCAUCGAUGCUGAUGAAGAUGACCUCCCAGAUCCAGAGCCUGAUAAACACAAGAAGCCAAUUAUACAUGAAAUACCUGAAUCUGAGAUUUUCCCCCCAUCCAACUCUGAGGAAACCACUUCACUCUCCAAGGAAACGCUUGAAGGAUGGGAAACUCUAAGGGAGGGUGCAGACAGGCUUAUGAGAAAGUAUGCAGUUAGGGUAUGCGGGUAUUGUCCCGAGGUGCACGUGGGGCCAAGCGGACACAAGGCACAGAACUGUGGAGCAUUCAAGCACCAACAGAGAAAUGGGCAGCAUGGGUGGCAGGCUGCUGUGCUUGAUGACUUAAUACCGCCGCGGUAUGUUUGGCACAUGCCAGAAUCUGGAGAGGAGUUGCAGAGGGAGCUCAGGAACUUCUAUGGGCAGGCGCCUGCUGUUGUGGAGAUUUGCAUGCAGGGUGGUGCAGAAGUGCCAGAGAAGUACAAGGCGACCAUGAGAUUGGAUGUUGGAAUACCUGCUAGUUUGAGAGAGGCUGAAAUGGUGGUGUGAGUGGGAUUUAGGAUAGGGCAAGAGGCUUUCCUUUGUACUCUUUUAUUUCACAAUGGAGAAAAUUAGUUGAGCUUCGUUCCGUAUUUUUUGCCUAUUUCUUUUUGUCGUUUCGUUCAAUCAGUAAAUGUAAUAUUGCUCAUUGGUUAUCUCAAUAUGCAGAUUCAAAAGCUGAAACUUGAUCUCGAGAUGCCAGUUUAACCACUUUUAUUGUUUAUUGUUCUUCCUGUGCUCAACAACCUUGAAGGGAACUCUUGACCUGGAUAAUGCUCGAGCGGGAUCAGAUUUUGAAAUUGAAGGAAGUAAAUUUCGCUAUCUUGCUGCUCAACCAGCCUUUUUUUUUUUCUCUCUCAUCAUGCUAGUGCGAGCAUGGUUUAUGCAAGUAUGUAUGUUUACAUACCACAAAUCUUUUUUUUUAUGUUCUUAUCUAAAAUGGGAUAAUGUUAAUAACUUGGUAUAUCUAUCUGUGAAUAUUUUGCUCCUUUGCAUC